UUAGCGAUUUUUAGUUAUUUCAGUAACCAUGGUGUGUGUGUGUGUGUGUUUUUCGUUCUUGUGAACUCACCUGAACACGCCUCGCUUGAACACGCUGCAACUUAAACGCCGUUUGCCGCAGUAAUGCCAGCAGGUCAGAGGAGCCUCAUCACACAGUGUCUCCCGUGUGUCGCUGCAGCCAGCAGCCCCUUCGUCGCCCGCACCAGGAGUUGAGGAUGAAGACUCAGGACAUCAGGAGCCUCUCUCUCAUCCUCUCCAUCGUUUUCUACCUGCUCAUGGGCGCCGCCGUCUUCGACGCGCUGGAGUCGGAGAGCGAGGGCUCCAGGAGGAGAGGGCUGCAGCAGAAGCUGAGCGAGCUGAAGAAGAAGUACGGCUUCAGCGAGGACGACUACAGGGAGAUCGAGACGGUGGUGGUCCUGUCGGAGCCGCACCGAGCCGGGAGGCAGUGGAAGUUCGCCGGCUCCUUUUAUUUCGCCAUCACUGUUAUCACCACGAUUGGUUAUGGCCAUGUUACUCCUCGCACUGACGCCGGCAAGGCCUUCUGUAUGUUUUACGCAGUCUUGGGAAUUCCUUUGACACUGGUCAUGUUCCAGAGCUUGGGAGAGAGGAUCAACACCUUUGUUCGCUACCUCCUGCGUAGAACCAAGAGGGGUCUGGGCCUGCAGAAGACAGAGGUGUCCAUGGGGAACAUGGUGCUGGUGGGUCUGCUGUCCUGCGUGAGCACGCUGUGCAUCGGAGCUGGGGCCUUCUCCCACUUUGAGGACUGGAGCUUCUUCAACGCCUACUACUACUGCUUCAUUACCCUCACCACCAUUGGCUUUGGGGAUUUCGUGGCCCUGCAGAAGAAAAACGCCCUCCAGGAACAGCCUCCAUACGUGGCCUUCAGCUUCAUGUACAUUUUGGUUGGGCUGACGGUCAUCGGGGCUUUCCUCAACCUGGUGGUGCUGAGGUUCCUCACUGUGAGCUCAGAUGAGCCCGACGUGAGGCGAGAUGCAGGCAGAGCAGAUACAAGAGCUCAAACUAAGAAAGGGCGGGAGGUCGUAGAGGUAUUGUACAGUGAGGCAGAAAUCGCUGAGGUGGCAUAUAAAGGCAGAGAUGCUGGACAAAGCAGCUGGUGUCUGCCCACGGAGGAGGGCGCCAGCUGUACGAAUCUGCUGCCGUCUGCUGCGGAGGAAUGCGGACUCAUUAAAGCAGAGCGCCCUGGGAAACUCAGAGCCUGGGUCCUCUGCGUCUGCUGCGGCCUGGACGUCUCCGACUGCUCCCCUCGUCCCCGCGUGGACCGGGAACGCGGCCACAGCAACCCCGUCUUCUACAACUCUAUCUCCUACAGGGUGGACCAGGCCUCGUGCAGCUCCUGCGCCGCGUCGCCACACCUCAGCAGUGUCGCUCUGAGCAAGAACACUCACUGCAGGCGGCAGUCGUUUUAACUCUGCGAACUCUUUGCUAUGGAUUUUAUAUAAAACUGAAUUUCUGCUUGGUAGAACAAAUUGUCCUGUUAUAUUUAUGAACACCUGUCAGGUUAAUGUAGCAAAUCAUGUACAGUUUUAAGUAUGUAUUUUUCUAUUUGAAAUAUUGCUGCCUAACUAAAAGAUAUGAAAAGAAAUAAAAAUCCAUAAAUUCCUGUUUUCCACAUUUACUGUCUGACAACCUUUACAUUUUGAU